CAGGAGAUUCUGAACUUGAGACAUUUCCAGUCGCAUGACGCUAUGCUUGGCACAAACUCGUUUGCAAGUGCUCGGUCAGAGAUGGCGUCUUUCCUUUUCUUGGUGCACGUGUUAGCCACUGAGCUGCUCCAAAGCGAAUCGUCUUUCUUGCGGAAAGCCCUGAAGCAUGAGGGAUGGCAGCAGAGUCCUGGCAGGCGAUGAGGAGGAGGGUCUAGCGAGUUUGACAGGGUUUUCCACGUGGCACCUCUCUCGGGAGAGUCGAACAACCGCAGAAUUUCGACACUUGACGUCACCGCUCCUUCCAUGUCGUGGAUCAUCUUCCAGUGUCAACGGUGCGUCGCCAACUUGCUAUGACCUCUUGGCCGCGAUAUCGAGCAAGCUCCACACUGCGGUUUCUCUGAGAUGGCGUUGUUCAUUGAAGGUCUCCUUGUCCUAUUGUUUGGGAUUGAUCUUGGAUUUCAACAAUGGCCUUGGUGGCGUGAUGGUGUGUACGGUGUCGUAUUUAUGCAGCUACGGCUCACAGUACUCUGGGGGUUCCCUGCGACGGGCCAUUUCUCGUGGAGUUGGCGUUUCUGCCGGAGCAACAGUCGGCAGCGUGUUGAGAACGCUUUGCAUUUGGUCCAGGGACCUUCCUGGAACAUGGGACUUGUCUAUCGUGGUGACGCUUUUGAUCAUCCUCGGUUGGACGUUUCUCUCCACCUUGGUGAACUUCAGGGGUGGGCCCUAUGCAUAUGCUGGUUUCUGCGCGGCAUUCACAGCCAUCAAAUUUCUUUCCUCCACUGGACCUGGUGGAGUGUUGCAGCUCUCUGCGACAAUCACAUCUUGCAUGUGGGCAUGCCUGCUGGUGGUCCUGGUGGAGACGUGUGUCCUUCCCGUUGAUGCGCGUGACCUGCUGCAGGGGAGAGUGGUGGCAGCCUUGAUGGGUGUGCGGGCAGUGCUGCCUGCCCUGGUCUCGGCUGAUGAGUCGUUGGUCAAACAUGUGAAGGAGGAUUAUGGCCCUUAUGGUUUUGGUCCUGGUGCUGGUGUGUCCAGCUGGCCAGACCUCACAGAGCGAUUGAAGAAGGUUGGUGCCUACGAGAAGUACCUCGAGUGGCGAGAAGGUUACAUGCGCUGGCGGAUGGGAGAAAGCAACGGUGCCAAAGGGGAGAUUGUCGUUGACACAAAGACAGCUCCAAUGGCUCCAAUGGCUCCAAAGGCUCCAAAUGCAAAACUUUCGAAGGCAAAACUACUUAGAGAUGAUUCAGACCUUGGCACCUUCCAACCAAGAGACCCAGCUCCUCAUUUAGCUUCGAAGAAUUUGGAGGAAAACACUCCAAAAGAAGGCGUCCAGCUGAUGAUGGCGCCAGUGAAAGGUGAGAUUGUUGCAGAUAUGCCUGAAGUAGCAGCUGUUCUGCAUCCUGUAGCGGUGCCCAGCUUGAAAGAGCUUCUCAGUGAAGAAGGUGAUUGGCAAAGACAGGAAAGCGAAAGCCGUGGCAAGCCGAUGACUGUAUCCCUGGCUUCAAUCCAGGAAGUCUUGGACGAGAUCCGGGAUGCCUUGGUGUCCGCACCAUCACAGCUGCAGGGAGGACCAAGUUCAUUCACGGCGAUGAUCGAGACAGUGCAAUUCAUGCUACUUUUGCCAAUGCACUCAAUGUAGCAGUGCUAGGAGAACUUCUAGCUGCACGAUUGGCUGUAACAUCGUAGUGCAUCGGUCCCCGACACUCAUUUCAUUGAUUGAUGAGGUCCCAAAGAUUCACGUUGGGUUCCUGCCAGACCAGGAUAGCAGCAUCAAAGCAAGACUUCAGUGUCACGAAAUGAACAUUCAUACAGCUGCUUCUCUUCACAGAGGUCUUCAAUUUGCUGUCUGAAAAGAACGCUGCCCCUGCAUGCACAUUGUGAGAAUUCUAGUGAGACGGAAAUCUUGGCCCGGCUGGAAGUAGCAGGCCUCAGUGCCUUUAGCCUCCAAGGUGAAAGGGAGAAACGUGUUGUUGAAGCUUUCGUAAGUGGAUUCUGCCAGCAUGGACAGUUUCCACUUCUGUCAAUCCAGGUAGGCUGUCUUCCAGUUCACAACAGUUGAACAUGCUCUCCAAAAGGUGCCGUUGGCUUCCUGUUUGAAAGUCAUGGCAGCAUCAGAGCAAGACUUCCGUGCCACCAAAUAAA